UCUUGGGGAACAUUCAGAGCCAAGUAAUCACAGGCGGGAAAUAAAGAGCGAGAAAUGUGAGACUAUGAUUGCCCAUGGAAACCUUUAGGAGAGUUCCAAACUUACAAGGGUAUUGAAUAAGAAGUAACUGAAGGUAUGGCAAAUUGGUGUAUCGUACAUACAAUCGACUUUAAGAGAGGGAGGGAAAAGUAAAAUCUGAGAUACAUAAUAGAGGAAGAAGUGGUGAGAAAGAAUAGAGACAAAGAAGAAAGGAAUAGCAAUGAAGAGAUAGAAGUGGAGGGAAGAGAGUAUAGAACAAAGAGUCUAUGGAAAACAAACCACAGAGCUAGAAAGAUGGAGAAAAGUAGGAAGAGUUUUUUUUUCCCUGCUAGGCAAGAAGGGUUUUGUGUGGGUAACUCACCAGUUGAAUUAAUAUGGAGGAAUUUUACAAGGGGUCAGAUAGAUUUUGUCUGAUGUAAUAUUACAAAGGACCUUGCUACAAGUAUCUAUCUGUCUUUCUUUAUGCAUUUAAACCACAUUGUAUAUGCUCUAUCACACACAAGGUCAAGUUGGAAGUUUGUAAACCCCAUCUUUCAAAUGUCAAAAUUUUCUUUUGUCUGAGGGCCAAGAAAUGAUAGAAAGUGGAAGGAAGAGUGGACGGAGCAGUGAGAGAAUCCAGGAAAACAAACCACAAAACAAGAGGGAAAGAUCCAUAGAGGGAUAACCAAAGCGAUAGAGUGAAAGAACAAGACAAUGUCUACUUCGAGUGUGGCGGUUUUGGAUAAUGGUGGCGGCUAUUGCAAGGCUGGCAUCGGCGGGGACCGUGACCCCAUUGCAGUCGUUCCCAACUGUGUGGGGCGCUCCCCUGCACAAGCAUCAUCGGGUUCUAAGAAGAAGGAAUGGAUGGUGGCAGACCAGCUCCUCCACCCUGACAAUGACCCUACGUCUGUGACGCUGCGCCGCCCCAUGGACCGGGGCUACCUUGUCAACCCUGACCUCCAACGUGACAUAUGGGACCGCAUUUUUUCUUCCCUCCUCAAAAUCCAGCCCUCCUCAACCUCCCUCCUCCUUGUAGAGCCCCUCUUCAACCUCCCUAGCAUCCAACGCUUCACUGAUGAGCUAGUCUUUGAAGAGUUUGGCUUCAGUUCACUUUGUGUUGCAGACCCACCGUCACUAGUGCACUUGUAUGAGACAAGCCGCUGCCCCAAGAGCCUGAUGGCGGCGGCUCAAUGCAGCCUGGUUGUUGAUUGCGGAUUCUCGUUCAUGCAUGCUGCCCCCGUGGUGCAGAACUUCACACUGAACCACGCAGUGAAGAGGGUUGGGCUCGGGGGUAAGGCCCUCACCAACUACUUGAAGCAGUUGGUGUCGUAUAGGUCGGUGAACUUGAUGGAUGAGACCGUCAUUAUGGACCAUGUCAAGGAGAACCUCUGCUUUGUCUCCCUUGACCUCCAACGAGACCUCCAGAUUGCAAGGAAAUCAGGGAAGGAGAAUGUAUUCAAGUGCACAUAUGUGCUUCCUGAUGGUGUAACUUAUACCAAGGGCUUUGUUAAAGACAUCGAAGAAGCUCAGAGAUACCUCACUCUAGAUGAUGGAAUUUCAGCAGUUCAAUCAGAAGUAGUUGAGGAAGACUGCGAAAGUCUAUCUAGUGAUGAGGAGACUCCAGAAGAUAGGACAAGAAUAGAUCUGACAAAAAAUGAGGAAUUAAAACUCACUAACGAACGGUUCCUUGUCCCUGAGAUGCUUUUCCAUCCAUCUGAUUUGGGGAUAAAUGAGGCUGGACUCGCAGAGUGCAUAGUCCGAGCUGUUCAAUCAUGCCAUCCUUAUCUUCACCCAGUCCUCUAUGAGAGCAUCAUUUUAACGGGUGGAAGCACAUUAUUUCCUCAUUUUGUAGAAAGACUAGAGAGGGAGCUACGUCCUCUUGUGCCUGAUGAUUUCAGACUGAAGAUAACCCACCAAGAGGAUCCAAUAUUAGGUGUUUGGAGAGGGGGUUCACUGUUAGCUUCUAGCCCUGAUUUUGAAGCAAUGUGUGUGACAAAGCAUGACUAUGAGGAACUUGGAUCCACUCGUUGUCGUCGCCGUUUUAUGCACUGAAUUUCAGUGAAUCAUGACCGCUAUUCUCCAUGGGAUUGUUGUAUUUCUAUUUGGAUACCAGCUAAGGUCCUUACGUCUGAUUGUUUUAUUGUAAGAUUAUAUGCUUAAGGUUUUUGUUGGGGAUCACUGCACCCUGUUUGUACUAUUGAAGUCAAAAUCAUGUACUGAUCCUAUGUUAUGCCCUUUUUGUCCUGGUCUUGGAGGUGAGAGUUCCAUAUGACGCCCGAUGAGAGAACUAACCAAAUGUUAGCAUUUAGCAUAGUAUUGGAGCUAAGCUCAGAUUUUGUAGCAUGCAAUUGUACUGUGCAUAAUGCAUGAACAUACAGUAGUAUAUGCGCUGUACAUUUUGUAUAUAACUAAGCUUGGAAUUUGAA